AUGUUGUAAGAAUAGCUUAUUCUGAAAUGCAUUUAAUUUAACCAUUAAGGAAUCAGUUUUUAAGAAAAGACAUUAAAUCCUAAUAUUUGCUAUGUCUAAAUGUAGUAAGUGCUAAAUGAUCUUAACGAACUAACAAAAAUAACUGAACAUAAAGAUAACAUCAAUCCAGCAGCUGAUGUAUAUAAAACACUCAAAGCCAUUUUUAAAAUAAUAUUAUAAUUCUUCUGA